AUUAUAACAUUAGACUGACAGAAAGCUUUUUUCAUUGUGACAACUACCAGCGCUGAGUUGAAUGUACCGUAAUCAAACUUGUGUGCAAGCUACUGUCGACGAUGUUAGGCUGCUAACUAAGAGAAGUUGGACGUCCAAAAUGCAGGAUGGCAGAACAACCCAACAACAUUCCAUUCAGAACGACAGGUUCUAAGUUAUUACAUCCAGUCAGUGAGCUAUUGGGAGUUCCAUUGGACCAGGUGAAUUUCCUCGCUUGUCAGCUGUGUGCGCUUCUAGCUGCUUUUUGGUUUCGCCUAUAUCUCAGUCCAAAUAAAGCCAGCAUAACCAUCCGUCAUGCCGUCGCCACUCUCCUUGGAGCAUAUUUUGCCAUAUUCUGCUUUGGUUGGUAUUCUUUACAUAUUUUCACAAUGGUGUCCAUUUGCUACUGCAUCAUGCUUAAAGCAAGCAACCGAAACCUACACAGGUACUCGCUGAUUGUUGCAAUGGGGUAUCUCAUACUAUGCCAAGUUAGCAGAGUGUACAUAUUUAACUAUGGGCUCCUGUCAACUGAUUUCUCAGGACCACUGAUGAUAAUUACGCAGAAGAUUACUACUGUAGCCUUUCAGGUGCAUGACGGUUUAUAUAGGAAAGAUGAAGAACUCACCUCUGAGCAGCAACGCUUAGCUGUAAAAGCAAGGCCUACACUUUUGGAGUACCUGAGUUACAACCUCAAUUUCUUGAGCAUCUUGGCUGGACCUUGCAGUAAUUACAAAGACUACAUUGCCUUCAUUGAAGGCAGGCACAUAGCUAUGAAACUUCUAGAAAGAAACUGGAAGUCCAAUGGCUACAACCGGCUUCCUGAACCUUCUCCUACGGGAGCUAUCGUUUAUAAACUAUUUAUUACCACUGGGUCAUUAAUUUUGUUCCUGAGUUUUACCAGAGCGUUCCCUAUUAUUUACAUUGCUGAUGAUAAGUUUAUUAAAGAAACAUCAUUUUUAGCAAGACUGAGUUACGCCUACAUUGCAAUGCAAGCCGCAAGACCAAAGUAUUACUUUGCAUGGACUUUGGCUGAUGCUAUUAACAAUGCAGCUGGCUAUGGAUUCAGUGGCAUUGAUGCAAAAGGCAAUUUCCACUGGGACCUCGUUUCAAACCUGAACAUCUGGAAUAUUGAGACAGCAACAAGUUUUAAAAUGUAUAUUGACAGCUGGAAUAUUCAGACAGCAGCAUGGUUGAAGCGAGUGUGUUAUGACCGGUCUCCGCAUUCCCGUACAGUUUUAACCUUUUUCCUUUCAGCUGUAUGGCAUGGGGUGUAUCCAGGAUAUUACUUCACAUUCAUCACUGCAGUUCCCAUUACCCUUGCAGCAAGAGCAAUGCGAAACAACUUUAGGCAUCACUUUCUUACCUCAAGGACAAAGAAGAUUGUUUAUGAUAUAAUCACGUGGGCUGUUACUCAGCUUUCAAUCUGCUACACUGUUGGACCAUUUCUGCUUCUUGCAGUGGAGCCAACUUUUAAGUUUUACAAAUCAAUGUACUUUUAUUUUCAUAUUCUUAGUAUUCUUGUGCUGCUGGUUCUACCGAUAAAACCAAACAGUGUUAAAUCACAAGUCCACACCUCCAACAACAACAAACAAAAUCGAUACAUCAGAGCAUUAAACUGACUGGAAAGAAUGUUGCUGAAAAUCUUGUUUAGGUAAACCCAAGGAACAUUUGAAAAAUUGCAUUAAACUAAGGUGGGGAUUGAAGCUUUGGAAAGAUUAAAACAAAAAAGGUUUGUAUUGUAUUGCAAUAAGUGUAUUUUUAAUGAUUAUUCUUUAAUUCACUUUUAAGACAUUGAAACAAGCCAGCGAUAUGCAUUGUUUUUACAUGAUCAUACAAAAGUGAGACUAAAUUUGCUGUACAAAUGGAAACACCAUGUGCACAAUAUGUUUAUUUCUUCUGGAGGUAUAUGUGACUAUCUGUAAUUACCGCCUGUAAUUCCUUCAAGGAAGGUGGCGGUAUAAAUCUACAGCAAAGUCUGUCCUCAAGAAUAGCCCAUAAAGAAACCACUUUUGAGAAACAGGAUAUUUUUUUAUAGCCUUGAAUAAGGAUGCACCUUAAAUUCAGGCAUUAAAAUAAAUUCCAAUUUUAAGUGACUGCUCUUAAAGAUUACAGAUGGUGGAGUUUCCAUUUGAAAAACGAAAAGGACAUGUAAAUUCCACAAAAAUGUGUGCUGCAUAUCACAAGCUUUGUCAACCCCUCCAUGUGUCUGAUACUGUGCAUGUUUAUAAAACCUAAAUGUGUUUUUAGCAAUAUGCACUGUACCAAUAAGAAGCUCAGAAUUAAGAAAUAAACUAGGUUGUAUUUUAAUAUGUAAAGGAUUGUCAAAUUAGAGCAUGUCAUGAAAAAACAUGACUUACGGUAUUUAUAUCACGGGUGGACACAGCAAUAACAAACGAGCUUUCAGGCCUUUUGAAAUACCCUAACCAGGGAUAAAGUCGAGAUUCCUUCUAUUACAAGUUGCACUUUCUUGUAAAUGACCUGUGUUUUGCAAUACCUUCACUACACUAUUCCAGUUUGAUUCAGUAAAUCUUCUAUAGGGUUGGUAUUUAAAUUUAAUUAUAUUGAAUCCAGUUUCCUAGACAUGGCUUCUAGAUAUAUUCCCACCUUGAAAUAUACAGAUAAGGUCAGAAAUUAGUUGCUGUGGGUGUUUAUUGUAAUCUAAUGAGAUCUCUUAUAUCCAGAAGGAACCAAACAUGUCGUUUUCUAUGUUUUUUGUUUUGGUUGAUUUAUCUGGCAGAAGUUUAAUAAUCCUGGCUGCUACGUAUUUGCACAUCAAGUGCUCUUUGUUAUUUGUAUCCAUUUUCUAUUUCAUCUUCAACUGGAAAUUGUAAAAAACGUGUAGGCGCAUUUGUAACAACUAGAUAAUAAGGUGCUGUAAAAGCAUUUUCCUGGAUUACCUUGACUUUAAUUUAAAUUAAACCAUUACAAAUGUGCAAAUGUUACUCAGAUCCUCUCAUUGUAUUAUCCCUGUAAUGCUGAAUGUUGUCAUCUAUGCUUUAAUCUUGUGACUCAGCUUUUCUUAGCACCCCUUCAGUAAUUCAGAUCACAUUUCAGAGAAAGUAUAAAAUGAUUCCCAUAAAGCAGGGGUCUCCAAUCCUGGUCCUGAAGGGCCGGUGUCCAUCCUGGUUUU